AUGACGCGACCGCAUAUCAUCAGAGCAGACACCAUCGACCUGCAGGACAAAUCAUCGCCCACCGCCCAGGACCACUCCCAGCAGCCCCAACACCCUGCGCCGCUUGGUAUUGGCCCAGCAGCGCCUCACCAGCAGGCUGCGAUACGGCAUGUAGAGCAGGAGCGCACCUCAGAGGAGGCGCGUCUGCACGAUGCAUGGAGCGAUGCUGGCAACACGCUACGAGACGAUCCCGGCUCAGACGACGACCGCACUGUCAUCAAUGGAAACAAGGGCUCACAGCAAGACGAGCAGGCUGUCAGGCUGAAUGGUGGAACGUCCAACGACGGUGAUGACGGCGACAUGCAGGACGCCGACGUCGAGGAGGACAUGGACGACGACAUGAUGGACAAGAUUUCGAGUUCGCCCUCGAUAGACGAUGUCUUCGCCGUUCCUCUCAACGGUCGCUUCUUCCUCCCCGUUUACGAACACGCCCAUUCAUUUUCCUAUUUCUGUCGCCAACGCUCGAAGACCACUCAGCGUCCCAGCGUCCGACACUUCUCCUAUGUCAAGGGGUCGACCUACAUCGAUUCCCAUUCCUUUUCGAUUCCCUAUACCCACGGAAAAUCAGUCAGCGGAGCAUCAUCGUGGGCCACCAACGCACCGGACGACAGCAACGCCAUGCGGAUUGAGGUUGGUAUGAGCCCGAGGACGAGACAACUCAAGGCCGUCGAACGCCGUAUUGAGAUGAGAGAAGACUCACAGGCAUCACUAAUCUCCGAACUGGACGAGGACCAGGUCAUAAGCAUGUUGAAACCGAUCAACCGCGCACUUCUGGACACGCCGGACGAUCCGUUCCUAGAACCCGGCCCAGGUCCACCUCAAGGGACGGGCAGCACCCUUUCCCCCGAAGCUGGUCACUCCGAAGAUGAGGAGGGCUCUUGGACCACCGACAGCGAUGCCGACUCUUGGAAUGAGGACAUGGACCAAGACAACGAUGAUGCAUCCAACGAUGUCUCUUUCUCUAAUGAUUCCAGAUUUAUCGAUUCAGGAUGGGGAGGCGAAUGCUUACGAGAAACAGAGGAUAUCGACUUCGAAUUCGUUUACGCUCUGCACACCUUUGUCGCGACCGUGGAGGGUCAGGCAAAUGCAACGAAAGGUGACACGAUGGUGUUACUUGACGACAGUAACAGCUACUGGUGGCUAGUACGAGUAGUCAAGGACAACAGCAUCGGGUACCUGCCCGCCGAACACAUCGAGACACCGACAGAACGUCUGGCCCGCCUCAACAAGCACAGAAAUAUAGACCUCUCCGCAACGAUGCUUGGUGAUACUGCCGAGAAAUCCAAGAACCCGCUCAAGAAGGCUAUGCGGCGAAGGAAUGCUAAGACCGUACAAUUCGCUCCCCCUACCUACGUCGAAGCCUCGGACUACGACUACUCAUCUGACGAGGGCGAAGGCGAGCUUUUCGGUGGCCCAGAGCCAAAGCAAAUGCAACAGCAGCAGGCAGCAACACAAGAUGGCGAUUCCGCACAGGAAGAAAACCUCGAAGUGCAACCUCUCAAGGUCAAUGGCGCGAAGAAGGAUGGCCAGACUGAUGGUGAAGCACGAGGCUCAAGCGAGGAAUCUGCGAAACGAAGCGAAGACCGUGAGAGAGGUAGCGAAGAUGCGGUCGAUCGACCUCUGGACCCGAAAGUCUCUCGGAAUGGCACGCUCCGCAACACAGACUCUUUCUUCAAAGACGAAAACACCGAGACACGCAAAAUCACCCUCACUCCCAACCUGCUUCGCGACGACUCCAGUACAUCGACUACAGGCUCCCGCGAGCGCGGCCCCAGCCUUGAAAGUUUGGAGAAGAAUGGGUUCGCAGACAAGGUCAAGGACGACAAGAAGAAGAAAGAGAAGAAGUCUGGCAUGCUCAGUGGGCUGUUCAAGCGCAAGGAUCGUAAAGGCAAGGGCGCACAAGACUCUGUGGACAGCGACAUCGAGAAGCCGGAAGAGAUGGACCGCAGCUCGCCGCAAUCGAAACCAUCGGAUGAACUCGCAGAACGACCGUCAGCUGAACAGGCAACAGCUCCAGCACCGCUAAGACAAUUGAGCAAGCCCAAGGUGCAUCGAAGUCAACGUAACCGAGACGAUUCACCGCAAAAGACAAAGGGUAUCUUGAAGACCGAGAGUCCGACUGAGUUGAGCGCCGAGCCAGAUGCCAUGUCGGAUGGACCUGACAAUCAGUCCGCCGCGCAACAAUCUACGUCGACCAUGCGUUUAGUUCCGCCCGAACAGGAUCAGGCAGACAGGCCUUCUGUAGAAGAACAGACCAUGUCGCCAGACUCAACAUCCGCGCCUACAGGUUCAAGAAACCCAUUCAGUAGCAUGAUGAAGUCACCACAAGAAGGAGAGGUCAAGCGCGAGAAGGUUACCAAGGCGAAGCAGCGCGUGCAGUUGGAUGAUUUCGAUUCAGAUGAAAGCAGCGAUCCUUUCGCGGAUCCUGAUGCUCAGGAUAAGCCAGGCGAGGCUGAGAAGUCCGAGUCUGCUGGACGCCUUUCUGAGUCUCCAGUACACGUCUCUGCAGCGGACGCACAACCUUCACAGAAAGAGAGUGCUACCGACAGAGAAAGAGAGUCUGAAUCCCACCACACUCCAGGCCUGUCUACCGAUAGCUCAAGCCAAGAGACCAGCUCCCCCAUUUCGACGCCUACGCCUGACGACAGCCCUAUGAAAACCAUUCCAGAGAACAACACGAUUUCGACUUUCAGGUCUGACAACACUUCCUCACCCACGCAUCAUGCAUCUGAACCGGCCGGUCCUCCACCUUCACGACCAGCACCAAUCCCUACUAAGGAUCGCGAACCGUCGCCGCCCGUAUCAUCGGAAAGCACGAUGCUUCCUGCGUGGUCCGACGCCUCACUCCGCGCUUACCUCGAUGACGGCAGCGAGAUCCGUGAUAUGCUCGUCGUUAUCAACGACACUACGGGUGUUGUACCUGUUGGUCGCGAUCAUCCACUGAUGAAGGACUAUCUCUCCGAAGAGACAAAGACCAUGCAAGGCCUGAGUGGCGAACUAGAUCGUCUGCUCAACGGGCUUAUGGAGAAGCGCAUGAAACGAGCUGGAAGUGGUGCUAGCACCGCGCGCAGCACAAGCGCAAACGGGAGUUUGAGGGCGGGGUCGAGAUUCUAG